CACAAUAGUAUCUUGCGCCAUUUCAAUAAUCGUCUAACAAAAAACCGUAAAGUAUCGAUCAAGAUCAGUGGUAAUUGGUAAUGAGAAAAAUGAAAGGAAUAGACAAGACGGAUAAUAAGAAUAAGAAAAUACAGGAAAUGGACAAGAAAGGACAGAAUAAUACUUUAAACGAAGAAGAAUUAAAUAUAAGUAUUAAUACAGAAAAUUAUUUUCUACGAGUAGAAUUGGAAAAUAUUAAAAAGCAAUUAGAAGUUGCUGAUGCGAACAAUAAGAUGCUACUACAGCGGCAGCAGCAGCUCCAGCAGCCUCAACCUCCGUCAAUUCCUCCACCUGCACAGCCACAGAUUCCAGCUCCACAGCAGCCAGCUACGUUGCAAAUGAUUCCACCGCAGCUGGCUUCGUCACAAGAGAAAAGUGAUGAACAAAUUCUAACAAAGCAAAAGCCUGUACGCUGGCAACGAGCAGGGAGGGGAAAUAAUAGACGGAGGGGAAAUAAUAGAACUUAUAGAAGACAUCCCCAUGGUCGGAAGGGCAGUAAUAUUAUUAUUCAUAUGUGAAUUGCGGAUUUUAAAAACUGCCUGUUCAAGAAACUGAAGACUGAAAACUGAAGAACUAUUUAGCUUUUUAUUCAAAGAGACUACUUGUUACAAUUUUUUUUUAAAUAAUAUAUAUAUGAGAUUUUAUGAGAUUUAUGUGUAAUCUUAAAGACGUGCAAUAUGAUGAUGCAAGGUUAAGUUAAUAAUAAUUUUAAGUAGCAUAUAUAAGCACAUUUAUUUUUGUAUCUAAUGAUUCUUACUUUUGCAAUAUUGAGUACCUCGAAAAUGCACAAAGAAUGAAAUGAAAGAAGAAGUAAGAAAGAGAGAGAGAGAGAGAGAGAUAUAUGAAGGAAAACUAUUAGAGAACAUAU